UCACCAUUUAAAGAAAUGUGUAAAGGUUUUAAAUUUGAUAAUAAAUUUACCGAAGUUAGAAAUGGUGAAAUCGUUGAAGUAAAAUGGUCAAAAGGAGAAUCUAAAAUGGAUAGAAUAGCAAAUUGUGAAAUGUUUGGCGAAGGAAAUAAAAAAUUUUGGAAACAAUUAUGGACCGGUAAUCUUAAAUUUGAUAAUUCUAAAGUAUUAACUUCGAAAAUUAAAUUCGAAGUACCAAAAGGUACUAAAUUGCCUACAUUCAUUUUAUUACGUACUUGGGGUGUCUCCGAUAAAGGUCCUCAGUGCACUAUCGUCACGUAA